AUGAUGUUAUUACAUAAGAUUAUUUAUUUAUUUAUUUGUAUUUGUAUUUAUUAUACAAAUGCAGCAUCGCCAAUCGACGAAGUUAUGGAUAAGUUAAUUAAAUUAAUAAGUGAAGAACAGAUAUUAGAACCAGUUAAAUUUAGAUUUCCAAUAUGGGAAAAACAAUUAGGACUUUAUCGUUCCGAAAUUCGUCUUGAUUUUUUCGGUAAACCCUAUGAAGCUGAUUUACGUAAAAAUAAAUAUAUUUAUGUUUUUGAUAACAAUAUGUUUGCUACUGGUUGGAUAUCAGCUGUUCUAUUAGAAGCGAAUAUGUAUGGACGUGCUCCAUUAACAAUCGAUAACGAACAUUUAUCAAUAGCAAUUGAUGCAAUUGAAAAAUUUCAUGAUCAUAAUCAAAAUGAAUCAUCUGUUCCAUUAAUGACAUUUUGGUCACAAGUAUACAAUCAAACAACUGAUACAUGGCAAUCAGCACCAGAUAAUUUACGUUAUUUAAUUACAGAUUUCGAUAAAAAUCUUGAAGUUAUUGAAGUCAUUUUAAAAGCACUUGGAAUAAAAAAUAUCGCUGAAUUAAUUGAUAAACUUCGUACAAGUAGUGCACAAUUUAAAGAUGUUUUUGAAAUUCCACCAGAUUUUGAUGAUACAUAUUUAAAUAUUGGUUUAGGUGUACAAUUAAAAUUAUUACAAGAUAAAUAUCCAUCGAUCUAUUCACGUUGGUUACAAACAAAUUCUAAUAUGAAAAAAUUAAUUGAUUUAACAUUACAAUAUGCUUAUAGACCAUUCAGUCAAGAUUCGGAUAAAAAUACAAUUGACCCAAGAACAUAUUAUUGGUUAAGAGAUUUUAUUCGAGAUAAUCCACAAGCAAUUAUUGUUACAACAUGGGCACAAAAUUUAACUGAAGUUAAAAAAAUAGCACAUAGAGGAAUACGAAUGCCAUUUAAUUUAAAUAAUGUUGAUGUUACUGUUAGCGCGAAUGUUUUAUAUGGAAUAACAAGUGCUAUUAUUUAUGAUUUACUUGAUUUUAAAAAUUAUUUUACUCAAGAUAUGGAAACAUUAUAUUUAUCAACUGGCUCAUUAAUAGCAUGGUCAAUAAAAAAUUCCAUGAAAGAUCGUCCAGAUCUUGCUCAAGUCUAUUAUCCAUCACAUUAUAAUUUUCUUUGGUAUGGUUCACGUAGUUUAUUUCUUCUUGAAUUAGCUCGUCAUCAAAAUAAAUCAUUACCUGAUGUAUUGAAUCGUGUUUAUACAGUUUUAUCGGAUGUUUAUCGUAAUGAUGUUGUAAAAUAUUUUCAAGAACAUGUUCGGUUAGAUAAAUCAUCCUAUGAUGAUUUUCUUGGUACAAAUGAUACAAAUCUAUUUGAUAAAUUAGAACCAACUGGUGAAGAUAGAAUAUUUUCAACGGCACAAACUGUAAAUGUACUUAUUAGUUCAUUUACUUAUUUAGAUAAUGCAACAGGAAAAUUAAAAUGGAUUAAUGAUAGACAAAUUGAAACAAUUCAAAUUAUGGUUAAUAAAUCGAUAUCAUGGCUUUUGGAAAAUGUAUUUAAAUAUCAACCAUUUAAUUGUUUUUUUUCAGGUUCUGUUAAAGGUUUUAAUCAACUACCAUUUUGGUAUCCAGCAAAUAUUUAUCAAUUUUUAAAUGGAACGACAUUUGAUCCAAAUCAUUUUGAUAUUAACAAUGAGUCACUUGUUGAUGCAAUUGUUGGCGUCAGUGGAUAUAUUAAUGAAACAACAUAUCAACGUAUGAUAUCAGAAAAACAUUUUAAUGUAUCAACGCCAACAAUAUUUAACGGAUACAAUGUCCCCGGUGGAGAAUUUCCUUUUUGGUCUUCUCAACCGUAUACAUAUUCAGUUACAUUAUUAGCGCUUGCGCAAUAUAAUAAUUUAGAUAAAUAA